UGCAGCCGUUAGCCGAGUCUGAGUCGCGAGAAGCCAUUGGGACCAUUUUGAUUAAGCUUCCAGCUGAUGGUAGGCCCCUUUGGGGCGACCCCUGGGUGCAGCAGAAGCAGGAAAUGGAGCCAGUGAGCUUUGACGAUGUGGCUGUGAAGUUCACCCUAGGAGAGUGGGUUCUGUUGGAUUCUAGUCAAAGGGAGCUCUACAGAGAUGUGAUGGUGGAAACAUGUAUGAACCUGAUCUCCAUAGAGGAAGAAAAUAUUGAUGUGGACUGCCAAGAACUCCAAAGAAACCUGAGAAUUCAGGUCAUUGAGCGAUUCUGUGACUAUGAACACAGUAGUGAAUGUGCAAAGACCCACCAACAGAUACCCAAGAAUGUUGUUAAUGCACACGAGCAUCCUGCAAUCAUAGUUUAUGAAAGCAGCAUCUAUGCAAAAGACAUCAGUGAUCACUCAUCCUCCCAUAUGAUCAUUCAAAGUCAAACUGAAGAGAAACCAUAUGUGUGUCAGGAACAUGUGGAGAAGGCUAUUAAACAGGAGUCGAGUCAGGAAGAUUUUCUUUAUUCUGAGUCCUUUCAAACACUGGAGAGUGCUCCUGCUAGAGAGAACAUAUGUGAAAGUAAGCCAUCUAAUGAAUCUUUUAGUAAUCCCAGUUCUCAUCAAGAUUAUGGGGGAACUUGCACUGGAGAUGAGCAACGUGAAUGUAAGCAAUUUGAGAAGACCUUGAAGGAAAAAAGUUGUGUUCAAACAUUGGAAAGGAUCCAUACUGGAGAAAGACCAUUGGCGUGUAAGAAAUGUGGUGAAACCUUCAUUCACUCCAGUCACUUGACAAGACAUCAGAGAAUUCACUCAAGAGAGAAAACUUACUCUUGUAGACAUUGUGGUGAAACCUUCAUGUAUUCCCUGGCCCGUCAAAAUCAUGAAAAAACUCACAAAAAAGAGCAACAUUAUAUAUGUAAACAUUGUGGGAAAGCAUGUAUUCAUGCUUACCAUCUUCUCCAGCAUGAAAGACGCCACACUCGCGAGAAACGGUAUGCAUGUAAUCAAUGUGGCAAAGCAUUCAGACGGUCCUCAAACCUUCACAAACAUGAAAGAAUUCACAGCAGAGAGAAACUCUAUGCAUGUAAACAAUGUGGAAAAUCCUUCAUCAGUGCGGGCCACUGUUACAACCAUGAAAGAAUUCACACUGCAGAGAAAACCUAUGUUUGCCAAGAGUGUGGGAAAGCAUUUAUGUUUUCCUCAUACCUUCGAAAACAUGAAAGAAUUCACACUGGAGAGAAACCCUAUACAUGUAAAUAUUGUGGAAAAACCUUCACCCAUUCCAGUGCUAAUUACAGGCAUGAGAAAACACACACUAAAGAGAAGCCAUAUGUAUGUGUGGAGUGUGGGCAAGCAUUCCCUUUUUCCACAUCCCUCCAAAUACAUGAAAGAACUCACACUACUAGAGAGAAAUUCUACAAGUGUAAUCCAUGUGGGAAAGAGUUUGUGUAUUUCUCAUACCUUCAAAGACAUGAAAGAUCUCACAGUGAAAAGAAACCCAGUGGGUAGAGCUUAUACUUGUGUAAACCAUGUGUAACAGUAAUCAACCUGCUUUUUAAAAUAUUUAUCAUUUACUUAUUUGUUUGUUUAUUUGCAUGAAGUGUUGGAUAAGAAUACAGUAAUGCUCUGGU